UGCCGAAACGCCAGAACAAUUCGUGCCGCGUGCGCGUUCGUGCCAUUCAACAGUAAGCGUUACCGAAACUCUGAAAAACCUCAGCGAAAAGGCGAAAUAUCUCAAAGAUACAAAUCAGCUAAAAAUGCCGCGUGAACUGUUGCAAAAACGCGUCCGACUCAGCCGGCUGUGGCUGCUUCCGCUGCUGGGCCUGUGCUUGGCCAGCUUUGCUUUGCGCUGCGAUGCGCGUGCGGUGAACGUGAGCAACACCUGGACCAUGCCGCAGGAGGGUUUGAAUGUGUUCUAUCGUUUCUUCCGUGAUCGCAUCUCCUGGUUUGAGGCUGAUGCCGUUUGCCAGUUCCAUCAUGCCAAUCUGGUGACAGUCGACAACAGUUUUCAAUUUGAUGCAACUCGCGACCUGCUAAGGGAAUUGGAUGUGAACGACAUCGUUUGGAUUGGACUCAUGCGGCCGCAGAACUCGGAUCGUUUCAUGUGGUCCAACUCACGCCCUCUGGUGGCGGAUACUGGCUACUGGGCAGAGUCUUUGCCGCUAAUGGAUGCUCCGCUCUGCGCUGUUAUCGAUCCCAUACGCGACUAUCGAUGGCAUGCGCUGCGCUGCGGCGGACCGGAGACAGCCUCGUUCCUCUGCGAAAUGCCAGUGCCCAGCUGGGCAGACGCCUGCAUUCUGAAGGAGAUGCCCAAUUUGACUAUGCAGUAUAUGGCGGACACGGCCAGCAUUGAGCUCAUUAGGAACUGCCAGGAGGAGGGCCUACUGCGCCACACCUGCAAGGGCAAGGAGGACCGCGAGCGGGCCGUACGCGAGCUGAUCUGUCCCAAGGAGCGGCUGGAGGCUCAGCGGAUCAACGACAUCACAAACUCGCACUUCAAGUCUCUGCAGAUCAUCAAGAGCAUCCGGACCGACAACAACGAGAACAACGACAUCGAGUUGCUGCCCCUGGUGCCGCGCUAUGCUGCAGCAGGUGUGAAAAUCGAGGUGGACACCGUCGCGCCAGCUGAACGCUUCAGCCUGGACCGACUCAUGAUGGCCGAUGAGCCUGUGCCCGUGGUCCACUACAAUAUACCCGACCAGGUGCCAAUGCCCGUGAAGAAGUCCGCCAAGAAGGUGAACAUCAACGAGGAGUACGACAAGAAGCUGCGGACCCAGUAUCAAAUGCAGCUGCGCAAGGCAACGCCCAAGCCCCUCGCCCACCUCGACAUGAUGAUGGGCGAUCAGCCGGCCCUGAGCGAGGAGCAGCUGCCGGACGAUGUCAGCGACAGCGACGUGUCCAACGAGAUAUUCGAGCCGCUGCCACACAAGAAGAAGGUGUUGCCACAGGACCUGAGGACCAUGCCGACCAUUGUGGAGGCAACAACCGCUGCUGCAGCAGCAGCAACAGCAGCAGGCAGCGAGCCGGCAACAACUGUCAGGCAGUUGGCGACAUCAACUCUGGCGCCUACAGCGACAGCAGCAACGGCAACAACAACCACAACAACAACAACAGCACCAACGACGGCGUCUACAGUGGCAGCAGCAACAACAGCAGCACCUACAACAACAGCAGCAGCUACAACUACAACCACAACAACAAAAGAACCAGCAACAACAGCCCAUGGGAGCAUUAUGAUAACAACAACGGGAGCAGCAGCAACAGCAGCAACAACAACAACGGCAACGGAAGUGGAAACGGAUACAGAUACAACAGUUGUUGCCGCCACCGGUAACACGCCCAAUUUAUAUAGUAGCAACACUGACACCACCAACAUCCCAGCAGCAACAGCAACUGCAACACCAAUGCCAGCCGCAACAGCAAGAGCAACGACAGCAAUACCAUUGAGCACGUCGACAACGGUGGGCAUCGCACAUCCCAUUCAUCCGGUGCAGCAGGCACGCGAUGAGUUGUCCCAUCCGCAUGUCAAGGAAACGGCCGACAAUUCGCACUUCAUACCGCCAAUGCUGCUGGUCAAGUCGCACUAUGUGCCGCCGGCGAAGCACGCUGGGGAGCAUGGGGAGCAUGGGGAGCAUUGGGAGCAUGUUAACAACGGUCCGCUAGCCACAGUAACUGCAACACCAACAACAACAACAACUACAAYUGCUGCGGCAUCAACAACAACAAUUAUGCCAACAGCAACAGCUGCAGCAGUCGAGCAAAAGAGUCGCCAACAUGUUGUUACAGCAGCAGCAGCAGCAACAUCAGCAGCAGCAGCAGCAGCGCCAGUUACAAUCGUGACGCCAACAGCUAGCGCAACCGGGGCAACAGCAACCGCAGCAACAACAACAACAACAAUCAAGGCAACGACGAAAACAACAGUACCGACAGCAACAAAGGCAUCCAGCAGCAGCAAAGAGAUUGCUACGGAGGCGCCUCAGCUGCAAGAAAUAACCGCAACAAAACAGCCAACAGCUAAUGAAAACAGUUCAAAUGCAACCACAGCAACAGCAACAGCAACAGCAGCAACAGCAACAACAACGGCAGCAGCAACUACUGCAGGAGCAGCAACAGCAACAACAGCUGUGAAGGCCGCCGCAAAGUUGCAUUUGGAAAGCGAAAGUGUUGCUAUUGCCGGCGCUCAUCCUGAAUCGGAGCCGGAGCAUGAGGGCGUGGAUGUGGAUGAGCUGGAGCUAACGAGCGCCACAACACGGCGCAACUUCCUGCAGGAGGAAACUGAGGCGCCAUUCAAGCCAAAUCGACGACGCUCGCUAACUAAACCGGAAACCGUUAGCUAUUUCAAGAAGAUCUUGGGCUAAACACCAGCAGCAACUGUAAUUGAAGCGACUUUUACAGUUAGCACACAUUUCCGACACUGUCACACACCCACAACCACACCUCCGCCACUUUGUACCAGGCCAACCCCUUAGCCCUCUGCUAUAUAAUUGGUAUUCAAGAGACGAGAAAUCAAAGCUGCAUUGCUGGCAAAUUGAAUCAGUUGACGUCGUUGCCUGAUUCAAAGCCACCAAAAGCACCUACUCAACAGCAACAGCAGCAACAACAGCAGCAACAACAGCAGCAACAACAGCAACAACAACAGCAGCAACAACAACAGCAGCUAGCAUAUCCACAUUCUCGCCAAAGUUUGUAAAACUUGGCUAUGUCCGCCCCCCACCCGCCCCAACUCCAGAGCGGAAACUCAAGCUGUUAGUCAACGCCAAACGGAAACGCAAAGCAGCCGAAAGAAAACUCAAGAACUUGACAGAGAGAGAUAGAUAGUUAGACAGUGAAUAAGAGCGAGACAGAGAUAGAUAGAGAGUGAGAGGGAGUGAGAGUGAGAGGAAGGGAAUGUGACAGCAGCAGCUUUCAAUGGGGAGCAUCAAAAAUGUCAAUUCUUUGCAGCACAAACCACAAAGUAACAUCACACACACACAUAUAUAUGUACAUAUAUACAUAUAUAAUACACACACUCUCAGACAUAGACACAGCAAAGGCCAUAGAACAGGAAAAUAUCGAAAUCAGGUGCGCAGUGGGAAAGGUGGUUGCAAUCCAAAGGCCAAAUCUAAAGUAUGAUAAAUACUACUAUAAAUGUUUACAGAGCUACUCGUAAUAUACACAUAAGAUACAAACAACCAUUAGGAGCGUCUGUUUCGUCAAAUUUCGUUUCCUCAAUAAGAGACAGAAGACAGAAGACAACACACACACACACGCACACGCACAUGCGAAAACAACAUAAAAUAAAAGUAGAUUUUGCAGAUCGGAUACGACCGACUGCACAAUACUCGUUCGCAUAUUCAAAAAGCUAGCUCUCUAUAGAGAGAUAAAUAUUAAGAUAAAUUGAAUUAUAAUUACAAUUUGCCAAAACAAAGCAAAUAUAUUUGAGUAUUUUAACAAACUUACCUUCAUUCAAAUUCCCAAUUUGGUCACCCUAUAAAAAAAAUAAACUUCGUCUUCACGCUGAAUCUGUUCACCCUAACUCGGGACCUUCAUUAAGAUUGUAUGCUGCUUCCUUUUUUAUUUUCCAAUUAUGGUCACUCUAGAUCUUCAAUCUGCGAGAUGUGCAUAAUUGAAAUAUGCCCAAGUGGCGUCAACUUCCAAUUCCAAUUUACAAAUCUCUUCCUUAGGUGUAGUCAACAUUUAGUCAAAAUAUGGUCACCCUUUGUAUAAGUCUUCUUCAUGUAAGAAGAAGUCCAUUCUCAGCUGGAAUCCAAUUGUAGUCAAACUACCCAUCUAGACUUAUCCAACAUGCCAAGUCAAAAGUAUUCCCAUACACAUUUCAAUGUUUCAAUGUUCAAUAUUCAAUCCCAAAAGCCAAUAUACUCCACUUGAGCUCCGGCGAACCGAGUGUCGCCGAGGUGCAAAGUAAAUAAACAUAUAUUUAUGAUCUGUGCACAUUAUAAUAUAAUUGAACGGGAGUCAUAAACAUUCAAGUAUUAAACAUAAGUAUUAUGCGCCCAUAGACGAAUUGCGAAACAGGCCUCAUCAAAUAUGAAUACACAAAUUACACACACGUUGUAAAAGUCGAUGUCUAUACAUAUAUAUAUUUUUUUUGUGUCCAAAUAGUGAAUACGUAUCUACAUAUAUACACACAUACGCAUAUUGUAAGAUGGAAAGGCAAAGCUAAUAUCGAGUGUGGAGCAGCAGCAGCAGUGGUAACGGUAGCGGUAGCGGCAGGAGCAGAUGGAGACAUACCUUAGAUUAAGAUUAAUGAACCUAAAAGUAAGAAAUAUGAAGCGAAACCAAAUGCUUCUCCUACUCCCACUCCCCACCUCCACUCCCCCCUCCAAUCACAUUACACAAACAAAUUGAAUGAAAUACCCAAUUCCAAAGCACUUCAAAUGACACUUGAACUAGAAAAUUAUGUACUCACAAAGAAAAUUCAAAAAGGAAAAGGAAAAGCAUCAAACAAAGAUGGAUAAUGAGAGUUUGCUAAUGUCGAUGUCAAUGGAAACGCGAACAAUUUUUUCUGAAUUCUAGCAGCAAAUAGUAAGAUAUGCGUA